AUGGCGGGGGUCGCGCCCCCAACAAAACCGCCUCGCAGCGUCAAGCAGCCAAAAGAAAGCAGUGGACUGUUAAUGUCCGUUAUUAGAACUCUAUCUGCAAGCGAAUCCAAUGAACAGCGUGACCGUGAGAAAGCCAAGCUUGAGAAAGAAUACAAGCGUAGUGAUCAAAGACUUGAUGAGCUCAUUUCACUUCAUCACAAUGAUCUCACACAAGUUAUGCAGGUGUUUGCUAAGUUAUCAGCCACCGUGACAGCAUCUAGAGAAAAAAUACUUGCUGUCAAAGAAAACUUACAGGCUUGCAAAAUGCUGCUACACUGUAGAAGAGAUGAACUGAAGAAACUGUGGCUUGAAGGAGUAGAACAUAAACAUGUCUUGCAAUUGCUGGAAGAAAUAGAACAAUUACGUGAAGUACCCUCUCAGCUGGCCAUACAUCUUGCCAAAAAGCAGUAUUUGCAAGCUACUAAAUUGUUAGUUUCUGCACUUUCACUUGGUGAUGGUAGUUUGGAGAAAGUAGAAGCUCUACGAGAUUUAAGGAAUGAACUUCAAGCAAAGAAACAACAAUUACAUGUCAAGUUGCUAGAAGAGUUGAGUCAUCACUUAUAUGUUGAGUCCACGCAAGAUGUUCUAGCUCUUAGACGUCAGGGUUCUGGAAGAGACAUGAAUGCCUGUGCAUCUCCAUUCCAACGUGCUUCUGAACUUAGAGCUUCAGCACGGGGAAAAGCAAGACGCAAUCUACUUGACGUAACAGCAUUCCCCGGAACCCCUUCAAAUAGACCCGGUUUAAGCCCAAAAGGUUCAGCAGUUGAUGCAUUUGACUUGUCAGAGGAUAUUGAUUUCACAACCACUCACGUCAAUCCAGAGCACUAUGUUGCGAUUAUAAUUGAGUGUUUGGCAGUUCUUGGAAAGAUACCCGAAGCCGUAGAGUCAUUGAGGGUUCAAAUGCAGUCAGAGCUGCUGGGAGUUGUUUCACGAACUACCCGUGCUUUGCUGGAUGGCGUAGUUUUACAAGCACCAAUCACUGGACAAGCAGGGCUGGCAGGGCCCUCCUUGUGGCCUGUGCCUAGUGUAGUGAGUAUUCCAAAUGGACCAGGAACUCCAUCUCAGGUUCCGAAUGGAGAUGGCAGGCACAAAGCUGGGCAUGGAAGUGGCUCAGGCAAUACUCAGCCAAACCAUCCCCUGCCUGAGCUCCUCUAUACUUUACUGGAUCAAUUCCGCCACAUCGCAGAAGGGCAUCGAUUUGUUUUAAAGCGCAUGGGACAAACAUGCGAAAAAUACAAUUUAAAGAAUAUUCGACUGUAUGAAAUAUCUGACCUGUGGUCAAUGGUGCAGGCAGUGAUGCAAUUAGUUCUGACUGAUUACUUAGAUAUUCAGAACACAGCAGCCGACGCACAACAAGCCACAUCAUCAUUCUCUGAACAAAGUAGUGAUAUAUCUUCCUAUUUCUCUCGUCGAAAGAUACAGAGACCAAAGAAAACUCCUCUAUUUAAGUUCGAGCAUUCAUUAAAUGCUCUAAAUACAAGUAUUGCAGAAGAGCAAUCUGGUUUGAAAGUUCAUGCUGAUGGCCGCCCUCAAAGAGAUAAGCUUUUGAUUUGUUCAUCUGAUCCCCACAAUAUAACUCUCAUAUUUAUUCCUAUAACAAAAUUCAUAGAAGAAAUUGAAAUGGCAACAAACUGCAAAGUUGGGGUCCCUUGCACACUCAAUGCAUUCUUAUCUGACUACAUUAAAGAAGUUUUCCUUGGCCGUUACCAAUCAAAAAUGUCUUCAACUAUAGAAAUGGUGACGAAGUCACCAGAGGCAUGGAGAGGUAUUAUUACUCCAGAGCAAAUGCGCGAACUCAGGAGGACACGGCCUCUCCUUUUGAGCACUGUUGCAGUAGACGGCUGUGUCAAGGGUUUACAUCAGCUCAUCAUGGCUUUGCCUGUUUAUACGGAACAUUUCCUAGGAAUUGUUAGUAAUUUACUUUGCAGCUAUCGUGAAACAUGUCAGGCUGCCUACAGAGGCAAGGUGCAGCCAGAGUCAGAGGAUAAACGUAUUUUCAGUGCAGCAUUUUUGAAAGAUGAAGAUAUAAGUAGAUUUAUAAAAUCUUUGCCAAACUGGGCAAACUUACAAGCCCAAAAGGCUAUUCAUCUCCAAAGACAAAAGCGUCGUGCCUUGCAUAGAGAGGAAACAACAGACGAAGAGAGUCCUGAGGACAUACGUCAAAGAAACGAAAAGGAGGCAGAAAUUCUAGCCAGUGCCUUAGGUGAAGGAGGAGUGAACCAUCAUGAAAUCAUAUCAGAUGUGAAACAUUUACGCAGUUUAGCAUUACUGCAAGAAAGCAUGGAAUGGUUUGCUGGUUGUUUAUAUAACUUUGCCAGUGAGCUUCCUCGUCAGUCACCCACCCAGCCUGUUGUUCGAGUUAUGUCAGAAGCCAGCCCUGUGGUACAGAAUGCUACUGUCGAUGGAUUGCAGCAAUUGGCCAAAGAAUUUGAAGACCUUGCAGAUACGUGCCUGUUGGUUUUACAUCUUGAGGUUCGUGUUCAGUGCUUCCACUAUCUCCUACCCAAAGUCAAGGAUUAUGGCAGAUUGGCAGAUUGUGGCAUGGACUCUCAGGAACCAGAUCCUAAGGUUCUAGAGCUAACCAGGGCUCUGACUGGCUGUGAUGAAGCACUUACAAGCAUUUUGCAGCCUCUAAAAUGCAAAUACGUAUUUGAGGGCUUGGGACAUUUUAUGUCCAAAAUAUUGAUGAGUGUUGCCCAGUAUAUUGAUCGAAUCGAUGAAGGUGGUAUUCAGAAAAUGUGCCGCAACAUAUUUACAUUGCAGCAAUCCUUGACCAAUAUUACCAUGACAAGAGAAGUAGCUUUGGAUCACGCAAGGCACUAUUAUGAGCUCUUUUAUCUUACACCUGAGGAAAUUCUCAGUGGUGUUGUUGAGAAAGGACCGCAGUUUUCUGAGUUAGAGUAUAUGAAUGCAUUCCAGCUUGUCCAUCGCAGCCAACCUGACCAAGAUGUUACAGCUCUGAAUGCUCAUCUGACAAGGCUCUCAGACAUACUAGGGGAAGUUGGAGUGACUGUAUGAUACAAGUAUGGCUCAGGCAGACGAAGUCUGUUCUGAGCUUCCCACUGUCUCCAAAUUCAAGAAAGCAGGAUGCGUCGCUGAUGCAUCAGUUUUCUGACUUAAUCACUCAAAUUUAUCAUGCCCCUUAAGAUAUUGCACUGUGUGAUAUUUUCUUAAAGUCUUAAUUGUUCAUAAUCAUCAUCAUGGAGGUCAUAAUCACAAAUUUUGCAACAUCAUCUGAGGUAUAAGUAAACCCAAUGUUUCAUUACAAGUGUGGAAAUAUUUAUGAAAAUUUAUAAAUUGUUACAUGGAAUAUCCUUUAAUUGUUGAUUUUUAGAGUAGUUCAAGUUAAAGAGCCAUAGAUUGUCCUAUAUAUCAAUUUUUAGUAGCAUAAAACUUUAAAGAAAUGGCAUGUGAUAUCAAGUUGUUGACAUAAUACUGUUUUCAUGACAAACAUCUGUCCCCUGUUAUUGUUAAUGUAUCUAAUAUAUAGUGCUGUUUAUAAACCCAUCAUUUAUAUUACUCAUGUAAAUAAGAUAUCAAAACUCAGUUGUUUCUAAUCAUUAGCUCAUGAGAAAAACAAAGGAACAGAUGUUACAUUUGUAUGUGUAAGCAAUAUUAAGGGCUUAGUGUUCCCAUAGUUCUUAUCUGUUAAUCCAGCAGUAAGUGAGGAAACAUCAUGGUUUGACCAAAUAUGUGAUUUUCUUGUAGAAAUAGAAAAUUGACUUUCCUGUAAUCUUUUUAAAAAAAGCCAUGGAAAAAGAAAUCAGGGUUUCCUUAGUGCUUCCAGUUAGAGAGUUUAAUGAAGUGAUUCGUAUGUUGAUAUACUUGUGUUUAAAAUUCAGCCUCAUCUAUUCCUUUUUCGAGCAUUUUCUUUGACCUUGGCAGUUUUUGAAAAUACUUAUUUAUGAAUAGUGUUUUACCCUUUGGAUUGUGCAAAAUUUUGAUCAUCUCUUUGUUUUGCUCGUCUGUGGAUAUCAUGUUUGUGUUGACUUUGCCACUCUUCAUACAAAGUAUUUGAGACGAUAGUAUAUGAUUUCGAGAUGAAAAGAUAGUAUUUUUAACUAUUUUUUUGUCAUUUUUGUAUAGAACUGUAUAGUUGUAGCAACUUGUCCCCCACCGGGAUGCUCAGGUCACCAUCACUCAAAGGUGCUGAUAGAACUACACUUUUUUUUUGGUGUGUGUGUGUGUGUGUGUUUGUGUGUGUGAUUUUGGUGAAUAAACAAGUUGUGAAUGUAACUCUAAA